UUUUGGGCCCGCACUUUUUACGAAUUUGCUCGGAGAGGAUUUGACUAGAGAAAUGCAUCGCUAAUCAUACGGACAUAAGGCAAUUCAUAUUUAUUUGUUUUUUUUUACAAUGUAACAUUUAGCGGCGCGAAUGUGACUUUAUACAUGCGUAUUUACAGAGUUAUUUAUGGUAGCGUGAGAAAUGAACAAUGAAGACACGACCGGAGCUCAGAGAGGGACAGAGAGCCGCGCAGACUCGGCGCUAAGAACCAGCGAUGACCGAAUCGCGAAAGCGUCCUGUUUGAACCGAUUCACCAGUCCGAAUGAAUCUUUCAGAAGUUCAUACAUUCCCCACAGAAACACACACACACACACACACACACACACACAUUUACACCACAGAAACAUCACAUAGUAGACUAACGUUGUGAAACAUCAACAGAAAAAAAGAUCUUGUUUAGCUACAGACGUAAGUUCACUAGAGUAAUUGGUGGUCAUUGGUGGUUAAAUAAAGGAUCACAAAAAAUUAAUGAAAUAUAGUAGCUUUUAAAGGGAACUUCUUUAACAGUCUUUCUUUUCAAGUCUAAAAGGAAUCAACCCCUAAAUAGAUAGCAAAUAAAAAAGUGGUUAAUUGUUCAUGUAGCCCCUUUAUAAAGGCAAUAAUAAUCCAUAGUCGUCGUGGGAUGAUAAAAAUGAAUCAGGAGUUCGAAGGAGUCGGUUCAGUGAAGUGAAUGAAGCUUUCUUCACGGAUGCGGACGGGCGCAGCGAAGGCGGCUCAUUCGAACAGCAGCCACACCAACCAAGCAGGAAGUUAGCGAGGUGCUAAAGCUGCAGCACCGGGCGAGUUUUACUCUUCAUACUGGCUACGUUUGAUCUGAUUACUCAGAGAUUUUACUGGCAUUAAAACAAAGAUUUAAGAUUCAAGUCAAGCGUCAGUUAAAGUUACGCUUAACACGGAAUAUGUGGGACCCCAAUCCUUACUUGGUGACUCCAGCAGCAAAAGUCCUGGCGAGAUGCGUUACGUCUGGCACAAUGACCCAGAAGGAGCUUGAUGCUCUACCUCGAGAACCGGAGGUAUUUUCAUCUCGCCUGCGUGAAGCUGAGCAGCUGAACAGAAUCAAACAUGAGAUUGACCAGGUGAGUUUGGAUUUGGAAAUGCUAAGACUUGAGAAAAGCAGUGCAGAUGUGACUCACAACUACUAUCUCAGUCACCGGUUUGCAUCCUUACAGCAGUUUACAACCCACCUUCAGGAUGUGCUAAGAGAGCAGACAAGUUUAAGACAAAGGCUUAUGAAACCUCUGUGUCAGCAGAGCCUCCCAAUACAGGCUGAUCUUCACAGGUAUGUGUUCGAGCUCAUGGGAAUGGUGGUGGAGUUCAUUGAGCAUUUGGAAAUGAAAAUAAAGAUGGUCCGUUUGAUUCCGACCACCGAUGAGUCUUUAAGUAAUCUGAACAAUGCCAUGACGCAGCUCUUGGCUCAAGUCACAGAGGUAGAGAGUCUGACCAAGCAACUGCUUCAGCGGCGAGACCAGUCACAGGACGAUAUCAAAGACAUGUCCAGUUGAGAAAAUGGUCAACUUUAGGGACCAUCCUUCAAAACAUAAAAACACCCCAAACAGUUCAAAAAGUUAAUGUGACAGAAUGACAUUGUCAGGUCCAGAUUAGAGUGGUAACAGUAGACAGUGAAACAAACACUUACUAAGUGAAUAAAAAGUGUUUUUGUAAUCAUUGCUUUAUUCACAAUCUGCUACACUCUUGAAACUGAGCUGGAGCUAGAUCAUUCUUGUUGGCUUGAGUUUUCCAUCAAGUGGUCAGGACAGUCCUGCAUGAACACCCGAUUGUCUUAAGAAAUCUGAAAAAUGAUGUUGGCAAACGAACAUUAUGUAAGUCUUCUGUCUUUACCUUAAGGCUUAUGUAUUACCAUGUAGAUUUUUUCUAACAUAAAUCGAUUUUCUACUUUUAUUAUAGAAAGUGUCUUAUUUUGGAUGUAAUUAUAGAUGUGUGCUGUGAAUUGUAGGUGUAGUUGCGACCAUAAACCAACAGGCAAAAUACCUCUCAGAGGCAUGGGUAAAUAACACCAUUAUACACAAUAAUAAGUACCUGUUUAUCUUGACCGUCUUUUGAUGCUGACAAACUCCUUGUUGACAAGUGUUUUAGUGCUGUAAUACAGUAAAUAAAUAUAUGUAAAUACA